UUGGCCGCGCUAUGCCAGCUCUCACUUUGCUCUACUCUCUUCAGUUAUCCCGUGAAAUUCACCGACAACGAACAAUUCACUGGGAUAGAGCACAGUGACUUGAAAGGGAAGCUUAGCUCCGAGUUAACCUACAUUACGAUUGCUUUGCGGGGCGAUGAUGCCCUUGAGCUUGAAGUCAACUGCUCCAUGACAGACAAGUCAGAUUCAUCCGCGCCCAAGGGCCAGCUCCGCCGCCGACCCGGGUUUUCAACACAGUGUUCACUCGACAUCAUCAUCUACGGACCAAUGGAGCUCUUUGUUGACGUUGGGAGCUUCUUUGAGGAGUACGAUGUCUAUCUCCAAGACCCAGUGAAUUGCAAGCGGAACGUGCGAUAUUGCAAUCCCCAAAGGCUGUCCGUCGACCCCAGCGCCAUCAAACUCACAUCCGAGUUAGGGAGCCAGCUUGCACAUGCAGUUGCAAUAAAUGAUCUUGAAACACGACCAGAGUUUUUGGACAUCCUAUGCUCGCAACAGGAUCUGGCUGAAACAGCGCAACCCGGGCCGAUAAAGACUAUUUUAAGACGGUGGGUGGUCUUCCGCAACACAAUCUCGGGUAGCUAUCAGAUGCAAGAACCUGAUCAAUUCUAUGGGGGUAUCGUUGCAGACCCUAUGGGACUGGGAAAGUCCCUCUCCAUGAUCGCAUUGAUAGCGUACGAUGUCCAUCCACACGACAACGAUCCGUCAUCCCGCCCUGCAGUUGACCGUGAGGAAUCCUCAGGUCAGACACUAGUCAUAGUGCCUCCCCCUUUGCUCAGUACGUGGGAAGGACAACUCAAAGAACAUGUAUUCACGAACAACCUGCCCUGGCGCCGAUAUCACGGUAAAGGUCGACUACGGGACUCGUCAGAACUCAGCGAUACCCUGAUUGUUUUGACAACAUACCACACUGUCAUGACGGAAUGGAGAAACAUCGAAGAGAGGAACCAAUCCAUUCUUUUCAAAACCAAGUGGAAGAGAAUUAUCUUGGAUGAAGCGCACUUCAUACGUAAUAACGAGUCCCAAAUGUCAAAGGCAAUAUGCUCCCUCGAAUCUGUUUCGAGAUGGGCAGUUACAGGAACACCCAUCCAGAACAAACUCGCAGACCUUUCUGCCCUGUUAAAGUUUCUAAGGAUUUAUCCAUACUCAGAGAAGAGAGCCUUUGAUGCAGAUAUAUCUAAUUUCUGGAAAUCUGGCAAUAUGGACAAAGCAGUCGAACGACUAAAGAGACUCUCCAGCUGUCUCCUACUCCGCCGUCCGAAGGAGACAAUCCAGCUUCCGACAAAGCGUGACUACACGUUUACUGUGGAACUCACGACAGCUGAACGGCAACUCUACGAGGAUGUCAGGUCGCAGGCCAUUGCCCAUAUUGAUGAGGCAUUGCAUUUGCGCGACAGUUCAACCCGAUCGCAUUCCUUUUUCAACGUCCUACAAAGGAUUGAAGCCAUGCGUAUGGUAUGCAAUCUUGGACUAUACUACCCGUCUCGUCACGAAGUCUUGAACGGCCGUCAAAACACAGACGACGACUGGCAAAUGGAAGCGCAGCGCGUCUUCAAUCUUCAACGCGACAUGGGCCAGAUUCAAUGUCAAGAUUGCGGCUUCAGCGCUGAUGCAGCAGGGGACCCUUUCUUCGAAUCCGGACGGCCCAGAGUGUCACAUCUUUUCUCCCGCUGUUACAAGUUCCUAUGUUCUUCCUGUUCCCAGCACCAUUCAGAUCCAAACAGAAUUGUUCUCUGUGAACAUAAAAACCCAAGGUGCCCUGUUUCCACUGUAUUGAUGGACGUCGACUCAGAGGAGCCGCCCUCCAACUUGCCCGGCAGCCUUACACAUAAGCUACCAUCCAAGGUCGAAAUGUUACUAGACGACUUGAAGAAGCAGCCGAUUGAUGUCAAAAGUGUUGUGUUCUCCUCUUGGAAAAUGACUCUCAAUAUCGUUGACGCUGGCCUCAAGCAUGCCUCUAUACCAUCUCUAAGAUAUGAUGGUAGCGUGGCACAGAAAGACAGGCAGGGCGUUAUUGACAGAUUUCGAAACGAUCCAUCGAUCAGGGUCUUGCUACUAACGUUAACUUGCGGCGCCGUGGGUCUCACUUUGACUGAGGCGUCCCGAGCCUACCUCAUGGAGCCACAUUGGAAUCCGACUCUUGAAGAUCAAGCAUUGGCACGAAUUCAUCGUAUAGGGCAGACACGAGAGGUAACGACCAUAAGAUUUUCUGUCAAAGAUUCCUUUGAGGAGGUGAGUGUCAUCUUUAAAGUGCCAUAG